ACUCUAUUUUAUUUAAGAGGCCUGCCUUUUUGUAUCCCAACUUGCGCGAAUCUUUCUACAGUAUCAUAUGGUACUUAGCUUAUUUGCCUUUAUAUUAAUCUCCAGAUCUAAAUGGUACACAUAUUCAAAACGCUGGUGCCAAGCUGAUUUGUACAACUUGCAAAUCUCCAUCCUUAGAUGCCCCUCAAGCCACAACUGCUGCUAGCCUGCUACUAUGAAGCUCCCUGAAGAAUCUGGAUUCGAUCUCUUAAGAGACUAUAAUUGGUCAGCAAAAGACACUGAAUUUAAGAUAUUUGAGAAAAAAUUGAUGAAGGAAGAGCUUGAUCGAUGUAGAAAAAAAACCAACGCGCAGAUAAUGUUUAUUGCGUACACAACUGGAUCUUUUAGAGUCGGAUUUACAAUGCCAGGUGGAUACCCUCAAAAUCGAGAACCUGAUGAAGAGAAGGAACAUAUGUCGUGCUAUCUCACUCACCAGCUCUAGCCGUUAUGGUCGUAAACUAGUGAUGGUUGUCGUGUAACCAACACUCAAAUAAUAGUUACUGCACUAAUCCGCACUUAUAACUACGGUAACUUUUACGAUCAUUUUUGCAACGCCCGGUGGAUACCAUCAAAGUGGAGAACACGAUCAAGGCUUCAAAAGCGAGCUUUCAAUGCAUUCAUGGUAUCAGAUGCAUUAGAUCUAUGUACAGUUAAACAUCUUCCUUAUUCCUCUACUUCAUUUAAUCUAUACAUGAAGACACCAACCAAGUUUCAAUACUCAAUGCUGCAUCAACGAUGCUCAAGAUUGUUUAUUUUAUCGCAAAGGUAUUGACCUUUAUCACGGGAACAUAUGUCGUGCUAUCUCGCUCACCAGUUUUAUCAUCGAGCCAUCACUGUUUGCAUCAUUUGUUGCUUUUCCUUUUUUCCUUGUCAUUGUUUAGUGGAUCAAGAUGAUAUAUGAUCAUUAACUAGGACAGAUUGACAUCUGAGUUUUUCUGUAGUUUCCUGUGUUCAAUGUAUUUUCUAUCUUUGAGAUAUUGUAAUAGUAGUACUCAUAUCAA